UCUUUACGGAUCAUGUCGGGAAGAUCUUUCAGCAUACGGGAAGGCAUGCUGUUUUGUGUAGUUACUGUCUUCUUGUUCAACGCAGCAGCAGCCUUCUACCUUCCUGGUGUUGCACCUACUGACUAUGACAUCGGCGAUGCCAUGAAAGUGAAGGUGGAGGCUCUCACGUCUGUCAAGACCCAGCUUCCCUACGAAUACUAUGUCCUGCCAUUCUGCCAUAAGGGAGUAAACCUCAAGGUUCAAGAUGCCUUGAACCUCGGUGAGGUCCUGCGUGGAUCUCGUAUCUAUGAGACUCCCUACAACUUCAAGAUGGGCAACGAUCAGACCUGCAAAAUUCUCUGCAGAUCUGUCUAUGAUGCUCAGGAGCAGAAAGCCUUUGCCUUGAUGAUCGAGGAAGAUUACCGUGUGAAUCUCCUCUUGGACAAUUUGCCCGUGGCGAUGGCUCUAUUCUCGCAGAAUGAGGACAAGACCACGACAAAAAUGUAUGAAGUAGGGUAUCCUAUCGGUCAUGUCCAGGAAGAAGACGGCAAGGGAGGAAAGCUCAAGUCCCCCCAGAUUUACCUGUUCAACCAUCUCCGUUUCACCAUCCUCUACAAUGACUACCAUGGCUCUUCCAAGAGACGCGUUGUGGGCUUUGAGGUGGAGCCUCUCAGCAUCAAGCACACGUAUGACAAUCUCGUUGAUUGGGAUGAAUGCGUCAACCAGGUUUCGGAGCACAGGUGCAAACUCAAUACUUGCACCUCCACCCAGCCGGUAACUGUGAACAACGAGCCCUUGGCCAUCAACACCGAGUCCAAGAAACCACUGGAAGUGAUCUGGAGUUAUGAUGUGAUCUUCAAGCCUUCCCCCAUCCGCUGGUCCACUCGCUGGGACACAUACCUCAACGCUGCGGAUGAUGCCCAGGUCCACUGGUUCUCCAUCCUCAACUCCUUCAUGAUUGUCUUGUUCCUUUCUGGUAUCGUCGCCAUGAUCAUGAUCAACACGAUCAAGCGUGAUUUCCAGAGGUAUGAGAGAAAUGAUCUCCUUGAAGAUGGACAGGAGGAAACCGGAUGGAAGCUUGUUCACGGUGACGUUUUCCGUGCCCCCGUUAUGGCCGGGUGGCUCUCCGUGUUGGUAGGAACCGGCGUGCAGUUGGCUGUCUCCACAGUUUUCCUCGUCAUGUUUGCAUGCCUUGGAUUCCUUUCUCCUGCCAAUCGUGGUGCUCUCAUGCAGGCCAUGCUCUUCAUUUUCGUUUUCAUGGGGAUGUUUGGAGGAUACACUGCGGCAAGAUUCUUCCGCAUGUUCAAGGGAAACAGGUGGAGGAGCAAUGCUCUCUGGACCGCUAUGCUCUUUCCUGGCAUCAGCUUCUGCAUCUUCUUCAUCUUGAAUCUUGCAAUCUGGGGUCAGAAGUCAUCGGGCGCUGUUCCAUUCGGAACUUUGUUUGCUCUUCUGUUGAUGUGGUUGGCCUUCUUUGGAUAUCGCAAGCAGCCCAUCGAGAAUCCUGUCAGGACAAACCAGAUCCCCCGCCAAGUUCCAGAGCAGCCCUUCUACGUGAGCACAUGGUGCACCAUUAUUGUCGGUGGUAUCUUGCCGUUCGGCGCGGUCUUUGUUGAAGUUUUCUACGUGCUGUCAUCUAUCUGGCUUCACCAGUUCUAUUACUUGUUCGGGUUUCUUCUCUUGGUUCUGGGUAUCUUGUUCCUCACUUGCUGCGAGGUUACAGUGGUGCUCUGCUACCUCCAGCUCUGCUGUGAGGAUUAUCAUUGGUGGUGGAGAUCUUUCUUCACCUCGGGGAGCUGCUCGUUUUAUGUGUUUUUGUAUUCCAUUUAUUAUGCCUACAGCAAACUUCAGAUGGCACGGGCUCUCGCGGCCUUCUUGUAUGUCUGCUAUAUGUUUAUCGUUGGAUUCGCUUUCUUCUUGAUCACUGGAGCGCUGGGAUUCCUUGCAAGUUUCGUCUUCAUCCGCACCAUCUACUCUGCCAUCAAGAUCGAUUAAUCCUCUACAACAUUCGCACUUUAUACGGAGACAUAGUUAUUGCCACGUCAUGACCUGGAGGUAGAUUGGGUAUUGUUCUCCUCGAUCGCGUUAUCUAGCCUUGUUUUGUCUGCCGUACCACAAGCAAAUAUCACUGCAUCGAUUAAGCUGCUUCAUACUGCUAGAAUACUGCUUUUUCCCCUUAAGAAACUCUGAAGUUCUAC